AUGAGCAGCCAACAAGUUACUCAAUAUCUCCUGGAUGUACUUCCGACAUACUCAGGAACAUUUCCGCCACAAUUGGUCUCAUAUGUGAGCUCCCUCUACAGUCUCAGUAUCCAGAAGAUCCCUUCACUACCCAAUAGAGCAGACAUAGCACGUUACCAUCUAUGUGCUUACUUGGGAGCUUUGAGAUGUCAGCAAAGAUUUUCGCUUCCUGACCCCCUGCCACAAAAAAUCCCUGUACAACCAAAGCUAUUGAACAAGCUUCUACAAGAUUUAGAAGAGAAAGUCACUCCAGCCAUUAGAUCCCCAAGCAACACGCCGACUAAGCAACGUAUUUUGAACCUGCCGCUGCCUCAGAAAGGAAGUGCUCCUAAGAUCUCGAGUCCCUUGAAAAAGCUUCAAUCCUUGAAGAAUGAUAAGACACCUGAGAAGGCAUUUGAUAUGGAGUCUCCAUUCAAUCCUACCAAAAAGCCACUGGACACAGAAUCGCCAUUCACUACCCCAUCCAAGCGGAAAUUGGAUAAGGAUGUUACAACUCCCGAGCAGAAUGCCUCGCCUAAAACGCCGAAAACUCUGAAAUCAGUCACUGCCUCUCCAAGCACCCCGCGCUAUAUCCGUCAAUUGACCAUAGCAGACAUCGUUUCAUUCGCUAAUAACUUCUACAUUCCUGCUCAGGUCACUCCGCAACUAGUGGAAAGCUUUAUGGCUCAGAGACACAAGUUCCUUAAAAAGAACGAAUGGCUUUUGGCCUGCGGGCUUGUGCAUGCUGCCUACGUCAGAAUCAACAGCAAACUUCUAGAAAGAACAAUUGGAAAGAAAACAGAGCUUCAAGAUCAGCUAUUUCAGUACCAGAAAGGCGGUCUCAUGAAGCUCAACAUGGUGAUGUGGAUCAAUAUCAUCGAGGAGUCCGUCAAAUCAGAACCCUGGAUCAUCGACUUAGAGUUGAAAUACGUGCAUAACAACUGGUCGGCCGAGGACACUUCCAAGACUAGAGAGAUAGAGGGUAAACUAGGCAAGGGUUAUGAAAUUCUCGAGCAAUUCGGCUCUAUGAUGAAUCCUUCCAACAUGUUUGACAAACCGUCUCAGGAGGAGUACUACCAACGGUGGACCGCUCGUGUGAUCGAUGAGCUUGGGUAA